AUGUUUUACCAGUUGAAUGUCAGUGACCCUCGUCCUUCCAUAGAUUACUUGCACAACACCUCUCCGUUUCAAUCAGCGAAUCCGGCUAGACAAGGUGUGCACACCGUCUUCUCAGAAUCUGCUGGAAUAGGAAAGAAGGGCUCAGUUCAUUCACCUGGAUAUCCUACCCGCUAUCCCCUGUCAACGUUCAAGGCGUACACGUUUACCGGUCAACCAUACGAGCAUGUCUAUCUGAAAUUCCUCAUGGUGGAGCUUGGAAAAAGGAAC